UGUAAUUUGUAGUAGCAGAAGAAUGGACGUAUAUGCUUGAGGAUUACCGCACACCACACACAGACUUGACCUCUGACCUCUGUUUUGUUUAACACAAAAUCUAAAAGGAAAAAAAAAAAAAAAACUAUAUCACCGAUUCUCGUGAUCUUUGGCCUCGAAUCGAAUCGAAUCGAGAGGUAAAAGAUCCAACCCCGCCUCGCCUCUGUUUUGUGAUCGAAAGCCAUAAAAAGUUGUUUCCGAUCACAACCUCAAUCGUAUUAAGCUGUUGUUGUUCCUCGUCGUCAAUUUCGAAUAUUGAAAGGUUUUAGUUGUUGAUUUGGAUCAAGUCUCUAGUCAACCUUUGAAAUUCUUAUUCCAGUUUUCAAAUAUAUAGAGCCAUGAGUUUUGUUUUUCGAGGAACAAGAGCAGAUAUUGAAAAUGGGUUUCCAGGGUUUAUACCUGAGAGGCGAGCAUUGCGCGUUCAUGCAACACGUCCUAGUAAUUCCAAUUCACUCACUUUUCUCGUGACAGUUCUUCUGUUAUUCAUGAUACUGAACUCUCACCAGAUGUCCCCAAACUUUCUGCUCUGGCUGGUGCUUGGUGUUUUCUUGAUGGCAACAAUGUUGAGGAUGUAUGCAACAUGUCAACAGCUUCAGGUGCAGGCCCAAGCUCAUGCAGCUGCAGCCAGUGGCAUUCUUGGCCACACAGAAUUGAGGUUGCAUAUGCCACCAUCAAUAGCUCUUGCAAGCCGAGGGCGUCUACAGGGUCUCAGACUUCAACUUGCACUUCUUGAUCGGGAGUUUGAUGAUCUAGAUUAUGAAACUUUAAGAGCUCUAGAUUCAGAUAAUGUUUCUACUGCACCCUCCAUGACCGAGGAAGAGAUAAAUGCUCUUCCUGUCCACAAAUACAAGGUUUCUGGUCCUCAAAGUGGUAGUUCCUCAAUGCAACAAACAUCAUCUUCCACUCCUGCUGAGAAGCAAGAUAAUUCAACUGCUGUUGGGAGCAUGAAAGCCUCUGAUGAUGAGCUCACUUGCAGUGUAUGCUUGGAGCAAGUUGAUGUUGGUGACGUACUGCGUAGCUUACCUUGCUUGCAUCAGUUUCACGCUAACUGCAUCGAUCCCUGGCUGCGCCAACAAGGGACAUGCCCUGUAUGUAAAUUUCGAGCUGGAUCUGGUUGGAGUGACAAUGGACAUAAUGAUAUCAUAGCUGACAUGGUUUGAAUACCUCAUCUAAUUUUUAUUUAUGGACGUGUGAUUAUAAUCUUCUACAACUGUAACUUACUCUCAUCAUGUAUCAAGAUUAGUAGCUCAUGACUAGUAUUCGUGUAAUUACCCUGACGUGUAGGGAUCAGAAGAACGGCGAGUACCGUGUAACAACUAUACAAAUCAUACAAUUUGUUUACCAUUAAACUUACAUUUCUUGGGUCACUGUGCUUAACCCAACAGCAUGUACAAAAAUUUUCUUUUCUGCUAUGGUGUUCUCUGUGUCAAAAUGCUUGUAUAUCUGACGGGAUUGGAUAGUUAGCGCAUGUUUAUUAAUGUUUAAGUUGGAUCAGUUAGGAUAUUGA